CAACGCGGAUGGUUUUCCUUGGCAGUUAUGUGUCUCACGAUUCUGUCGUCAUCGCGUACGCCACGUUCUUGAACUUGCACAACUUGACUUGGCCGCACGUACGAUCAGUUACGAUCUAUCAACGGAGAGCGCGGUACCGGCGCGGCGCGGCGCGUCGAAAUCAAACCGAACGCGAGGGAACCUCGAGGAGCUGCGACCCGCGCGAUCGACUAUUCCUCGAUUAUCGAGCAUCGCGAUUAACGAGCGAGUGUCAGUGAAUACCAUAGCUCUCACCCGACGAUUGUUUUAUAUAACUCUCUUGCCAACUCGUGCCAUGUCGCUGCCGAGGAUGAGCCAUCGCGAUUUUACGCGAUCUGGAGCAGCUUCCGUAAUUUUUUAAUUGCACAAGCGUGCUCGCCUCUUAAAGUCACAUCCUGGAGAUUUACGUAACAAUAGGAUUGACAGAUCGUUGAAUAAGAGCUUUUCUCAAUUACAAAGUUAGGCGACUUAUUUUCUGUCGGAAAAGGCGAACGAAAAUUAUAUUUUUAAUUUAUGCGAGAAUCGACCCGUUCGUUCUCUUUAUCAUCGUAAAUAAUAAGAUGUAUCGUUAACGUACGUGGUCUUUUUUACUUGAAACGAUCGUCGUAUAUUUAUAAAUAUUUCGUGAGACUUCCUGACGGUGAUAAUUUCUUAAGCCCGUGAAAGAGUUGCACAAGAAACCGGGUUGGACCGAAGGUGAAGACGUCUUUUGCAGCGGUUUGUAGCCAGUUGACUUCGCAGGAAGAAUUAAAACGGUUGAGGGGACACCGAGAAGAAUGUCAACUCCUCGAGGAGGCGAAUAGAUUUUGUUCGCUACGACCCUCCCGCGGUUAACUCGUGCACAAAGAUGAAGCUACUUACAAUUGUACCUGCCCUUCUCCCUUGGCUAACGAUCGCCGACUGCGUGUCGACUGCGAGAUUUUGUGGCCCGGACACGGGAGAUGAUUUCCAGCGCGCCCACGUCGGCCUGAUUAUCUCGCCCAUAAUGUCGAAUCGAGUGAUACGGGAGAUCGAGAUUUAUUGGAAUCACGCCAGGUAUCGACCGGGCGAUACGAUCGCGCUUUACACGGGCGAGCCCACGAACGGCCUCGAGCCAAUUUAUACCCUGAUACCAAACGCGCCGAGUGGUAUCGAGAGGACCGGAGUGCAGGCCACGUUCGUUCCCACCUCGAAUCUCAUGUUCGUUCAGCAAUGCCUACAGUACCAUGUCGCCUGGCUGAGAAACGGCACGGUAAGACUGACUAAUUGUCUGCAAACGCAGCCUCGCUGGAUGACGGAGAGGAGGGCCAUCUUAGGGUCGCUGCCGUUGAGCAGAGUGUUCCUGCCCGGCACGCACGACUCUGCAUCGUAUGCGACACACGAGCGGGCAAAUUCCGAGAAUAUCGUCGAGAGAUACGUGAUAACGCAGGAUGUGGACGUGCUCGCGCAACUGAUCUACGGGGUCCGAUAUCUCGAUAUCCGAGUCGGACACUAUCCCAACACAAACUCGGUAUGGUGGGCGAAUCACGGGGUAGUCAAGUCUGUUCCCAUGCAGACCGUCGUAAACCAGGUGAAGGCCUUCCUCGACCACACGAACGAGAUCGUGAUAUUCGACAUCCAGGAGUUCCCAGUCGGUUUUGGCAAGAAUCUGGCGGUACAUCACGACUUCGUCAGAUUCCUCGAAGAACAAUUCGCCAGGUACUACGUGCCGAAGAGCUAUGGGUGGACCAGUACGCUGAAUACGAUCUGGUCGUCCGGGAAAAGACUUAUCAUCGGCUAUGAUGAGAGACGAGUUGUCAAUCGCUACGAAAGCGUGUGGCCCUGCGUGACUCAUCAGUGGGGAAACGUCAGGACUAUCGAAGACUUGUUCGAUCAUCUGAAUCGCAUCGAGACGGAAAGUGUCGGACACCCUAGAUCGAUACCAAGGUCGGCGAUGGCGGAGUUGACGCCUAACACAUGGGACGUAAUCUUAAACCGGCUUGGAGGUAUCCGCCAAAUGGCGGAGAAAGUUAAUAUCAACGUUACGAAUUGGUACAACAGCAAGUGGCAACGCACCGCCAAUAUCGUCGCCGUCGACUUCGUCCGAUCGUCCGGCAUCAUCGAGGCCGCGAUCGAGUGGAACGAGAGGCGAAAUUCACAUUGUUAAGACCUUCCAUAUUUCCUAUUCGCACGAGAAUUGAAGAAACGUACAAACCAAAGUCCGAUAAUGCACCAUUAAUUCAGUAUGCCCGAACAGCAAAGCAAUUUUUAUACAAAUAGUACUUAAUAAUUUAUUACUUUGCUUCUAUGAUUUUACCAAUAAUUACGUGUUAUACGAAUAAAUUUUAUACAGAAAAUGGCCCACGCAAUUAGACAAUGUCUAAUAAAAAUGUAAAUAUUUUA